GAUCCAGUGGCAAAGAAGCAGAGGGUUGUGCAGCACUUUAUUGAAGACACUCCUCCUGCAGAAGAAGUUGCUCCGGAGAAGGUGGCGUCGUCGAAGAAGGCAGGUGCUUUGGAGACUACCUCGAAAAGUGGUAGUGCCGCCGUUGCCUCUGUGCCAGUGCCAGAGGAGAAGAAAUUUGACAACACGAAAACAAGUUCCGGUCCUGUACCUCCUGCACUUGCGCCACUGAGUACUUAUUCUAGAAAGGAGAUCACGAGGACUGCUGUUGACACUAGUACCUCCAGCACCGUCGCAGCUGGUAUUGCUCCGUCGAAGAAAAAGAAGACAGGUGAAGAAGAGACUACUAGUACCUCAAACAGCGUUCCUCUUGUAGCUGUGCAAAAUAAACUGAAAAAGCAGAAACUUGAUACAACAGAGUUGUUGUCCACCUGUUCUACCACUGGUCAUCUCGCAGGAGCAGUCGGAGGUGCAGCUUCUGCGCAAAAGGACAAGCAAAUCGACACGUUGGUAGAAAAGAGUUGUUCCGGUGUUAAUACCGCAGGUUCUACUUUGUCUGGAGCGAAGAAUAAACCUUCUGCGACUUCGAUCUUAUCUCAGAGUAAGAACGUGGACGUCAAGCAGGAGAAGAUCGAGAGCAAAACUGGUGGCUCCACCGAACCUGUCCCUGCUGUUGCCUCACCAAAGGAGGAGCGCGUUGAUAUAAAAAUUACCACGACUGCUGCUGAAGAUGAAGACGUGCCAGCAGCUGCGGUGGUGAAAGUUGACGUUGCCACUACAACUUCCAGCAAAGACGCGCCUGCUGCUCUGCCGGUGGAACAAAAGAAAGUUGCCGUUGCCAGCACUCCUUCCAGCGAAGACGCGUCUGCUGCUGCGCUGCCGAAGCCAGACGAGAAAGUUGCCGUUGCCAGCACUCCUUCCAGCGGAGACGCACGCGAAGGGCUGCCGAGGCCAGACGAUAAAGUUGACGUUGCCAGCACUCCUUCUAGCGGAGAGGCACGCGAAGGGCUGCCGAAGCAAGACGAGAGCGCCGAGAUUGUCAGCACUCCUUCUGGUGAAGAAGCGCCAGCAACUGGGUCGGAGAAAAAAGACGAGAAAGUUGACAUUUCCACUAAUUCUGACGAAGACGCGCCUGCAGCUACUUCGCCGGUGGAAAAAGACGUGAAAGUUG